AUGGCUCAACCAAUCACCCCCUCGCAUGGACAUCAUCAUGUCAUUGUCCUUCUGGAAAAGCUCUUUCUGUCAACACCAAUCUUUAAUCUACCAGUCCCACACACCUAUGAGCUCCGGGAGUAUGAGCGCACAAGCACAGACCAGCUUGCCUAUCGCAUAGGGGAUGCCGAUAUUAUCAUCAGAACGGUGGUGCCUAUCCAAGCGGAGGCCUUGAGCGAAACCGUGUCGCCAAAACUCAAGUUAGUUGCCGUUGUGGGUUCGGGCACCGACUCGGUGGAUCUCGAUGCAUGCCGGACGCGAAGGAUAAUGGUGGCCAACACACCGCACUGCAACACCUCGGCUGUGGCUGAACACGCCAUUGGCAUGUACUUUGCAGCCCGAAGGAGUAUUACUCGCUGCCAUCGCCUGACGCAGGCCGGUGAAUGGGCAAAGCGUCGCAUUUUGUUUAAUCUGCUCUAUGGAGCCGAUGGUCGGGCUCCGCGGACGUGUAAAGACGAAGUCGUCGGUGUCCUGGGAUAUGGUGGAGUUGGCCGAAAGGUGGCAACUAUUGCAGAAGCUCUUGGAAUGAAAGUGCUUUUGGCCGGAAGAAAGGGGUUACCUGAAACGGAAGGUAGAGUACCUUUUGACGAAGUCAUCAGCACGGCUUCUGUGAUUGUCUUAUGCCUCCCAAAGACAGAAAGCACGAUCGACUACAUUUCGACUCCAGAGUUGAACAGCAUGGGCUGCCAUACCGUACUUAUUAACGAGUCUCGCGGAGGGAUAGUUCAUGAAGAAGCGCUGGUGAAAGCUUUGGAAAAGGGUAUUAUUGCUGGUGCAGCUACAGAUGUCUUCGUCAAGGAACCAGCUGGUGAGAAAGACAGCCCUUUGUUAAGCCAUAGAGUCCAGGAUCUGAACCUAACCACUACUCCUCACGUAGCAUGGGUGGCAGAGGAAACGAGCUCGAACUACCUAGAGAUGCUCAAGACCAAUAUUGCCGGGUUUGUGGCUGGCAACCCAGUCAAUCUUGUGACAUAG